GCUUUAGUUCGAUUUUUCUCCGAAGAACAGGCUUUGUUACAUUUUUGCGGGAUUUCCUAAGAGUACACCUUUGCCUACAUUUUGUAAUAGCUAUCCUCUUUGCAUACUCUUGGUUGUAACCGUUGCUACUGUAAAAAAUCUCGAGGGUUGCAGUUCUUUUGGUAUUGUUUUGUCUGGGAACGUGAAUCUUUUGUCCAAUCGUGAGGUCUCCGUCUGGAGUAGCUUUGAAGAUUAUGAUAUUAGGCGUGUAAAGGAAUCAAACCAUAAGGGCAACAAAUCCGUUGGCAUUAUAGUUUCAGUUGGAAGUGAUCGAGGUAGUUUGAAGUCCGAGGGUGGUUUCUAUUUGGAGUUGUGUCCUGUGAAACGAUUUUCUAGCGCUUUCUAAAAAUGUUUCGAAUAGUGCAAACGUUUGUAGUGGUAACUGCUUAAAUUGAGUGUUCGGAGCUUGGAAAUUGGAUCUGUUUUGCGGGAUAGUUCAGUGGUUCAAGCAUUUUUGCAAAAUGAGUUACAGAAAUUUCGAGAAGACCAUGACUGUGGACGAUGGACUCAUACCAGCUCUCCCAGACGACGUCGCUAUGCAGUGCCUGCUGCGCGUGCAGCCCCAGUCGCACGCGCAAUUGCAGCAAGUCUCCAGAAGAUGGAAUGAGCUCGUCAACAGCCCGUGGUAUUAUCAAGAGCGCAAACGCAGUGGCACAAGCGAGAAGCUCUUGUGCAUUAUGCAAGUCGUGGAGCCCCUCUCUGCACCGUCGUUGGCAGCAAAAACCCCUGGCUCUUCCUCGUCUACGAAGCACUCGCCCAUGUUCGGGAUUAACGUUUUGAACGUGCAGCAACGGACGUGGGAGCGUCUCUCUCCUAUUCCCGAUUUUCCCGAAGGCCUCCCGAUUGUCGGCCGAAUGGUCGCUGUGGGCGGAAAGCUGAUUGUUCUUGGCGGAUGGAAUCCCUCUACGUAUGAGACUCUACAAUCAGUGUACAUCUACAACUUUGUUACUCAAACCUGGUCUAGGAAAGCUCCUAUGCCAACGAGUCGUUCAUUCUUUGCAUGCUCAGUUGUGGAGAACUACGUUUUCGUCGCAGGAGGACACGAUAAUGAUAAAGUCGCACUGAAAUCAGCUGAAGUUUACAAUGUUGAGACUGACCAAUGGGCUCCCCUCGCGUCAAUGCACGAGGAGCGAGACGAAUCAACAGGUAUAUGCCUCGAUGGGCAAUUCUACGUUGUCAGUGGCUAUUCUUCAACCAGCCAGGGCCAAUUCUCCCAGAGUGCCGAAGUCUACAAUCCAUCAGCGAACGCAUGGACGUUGCUUGAAGGCUUCUGGUCUAUGGAGAUGCAAACUUCGCGUCCAGCUGGUCCCUUCGCAGUCAUGUAUGGGAGAUUGUACACUUUAAAUGGGAAAAAUCUCCACAGGUAUGAUGUCACAACUGCAUCCUGGUCAGUUGUGGAAUCAAUUCCAGACAGUGAAGUAAACCCUAUUUGUGUAGCUGCUUUAGACGAGGCGCUCUUCAUCACAGGGCCAUCUCACAGCAGCGAAGAGCUUGGUCAUGGCACAUUUUUGUACAAGCCAGCUGACAGAAGCGUAACAAAGAGGUGUACGAGUGAAUGGGGGAGCCUCACCAGACCAGCUGGUUUAGUUGGUGCGGCUCAGUUCGCACAUGUCAUCGAGAUUUAAGCAAACCGACGAUUAAAUUAUCCACGUCCUCAGAAGCAUCCUGCUGCCCUGAAUGUCAAAGACUGAGCCAAUUGCACUCGACGUCCCACCUCCGCUACUUUUUCCAGUAUUGAGCUCACCAUACGGCUGCUCCGUUGCAAAUAGCGAGCAUCAACACUCCCCACAACCACCAGGCUGGAACCAAUGAUUCGAGUAAUGAGAAAUGGUGUGCUGGAUCAAGUUGAGGAAUCUACCAUAUUCACUACAAAUCAUGCGAACACAUUGUGGCAGCCGAAUUGUACAGAGUACUUUUGCCAGAGGUUGUGGUUUAAUCGGAGUACAGUUAGCGGUCGAAACAAUUUCGUAGAUACAUUACUGACAUGAUUGUAAAGAAACCAAAUUGUGACUUAAACCGUCUUUUAGAAAAUCUAUCAAGUAUUUUCUCAGCUAUUGUAACCCCUAACGAGUCAUAGAAAAUGAUACGAAUGUAUUUGUGAAUCUGAGGGGAGAUCUAGAACUCUUUAACAGUCCAUAUUAAUCUCAUGUCGUCAUUUAUCAUCCUGUAAAAGUUGUUCUCAAAAGCGUAUAUGAGAUUAGCAACAAUUCGUUCCAUCCA